CCAAUUUUCUGUCAAAGUCCACUAAUAAGCAUGCAAAAGAAAAUGAAAAAGGAGAUGAAAUGUAAAAGAUGAUGAACAUGCCGGGAAAUUAUAACCAAUCGGUGGUGCCGCCACCACCACCACCUCUUUUAAAUCAAAGAGAAAUUAGGGAAGCCAUGUAUAAUCAAACAACAGUAGAUCAGGAUUGUCAUUAUGCAACAGGGAGUACAUUUGCUGCUGCAACUUUAUUCAUUUGCUUGUUCCUCUUCUUUAUCACCAAAUUCUUUAAUAUGUUGUUAGUACCAUUCCAGCAGCCUCGUCUCAUCACCGAACUAACCGUGGGAUUAGUAGUAGGAAAUCUGGGCUUCAUGUCACAAUUACUGGAGAUGGUGAUUCCACAAUUGGUUAGUUCAUUUGCAGAAAUGGGUAUGAGUUGUUACUUACUAGUUUUAGGCUUAGAAAUGGAUCUGGCAGUGUUAGCCAAGAAACCUAAUCGCGAAGCAAUCGUAGCAUACACGGGAAUCAUCUCUACAUUCUUAAUCACAAGUACAGUAACACCUUUUAUAAAACUAGGAAAAGAUGCAAACACUAUUGGGUUUAUUGUCUCUCUUUCGAUAACCUUAACUGGUACUUCAUCACCCGUCUUAACUCGCUUGGUUACUGAUUUAAGAAUUAGCAGAUCAGAUAUUGGACGACUAGUAAUCGGUGCGGGACUGCAUACAGAUAUGGUAACGAUGCUUCUAGUUUCAAUGUCUUUGGUUUUUCAUCCUUACAAAUCGAAGAAAAACGAUCAAAUGAAACUCAAAGAGGGAUUGCAUGUAGUUUUUGUAUUGGCUCUUAUAAUAGUGUUUCUCUCGACUGUAUUGCCUAUUUUUGUAAAUUGGCUAAAUCAGAGAAACCCAGUUGGGAAACCCAUGAAAGGAUCGGAUCUCGUUCUUUUUGUUGCUACCAUGAUGAUUCUAUGUACUACUGGACCUACAAUGGUUGGUUAUAGUCCUACCAUGGCGUCGUUCUUGAUCGGGUUAGCGUUUCCUAGAAAAGGAAGAUUAUCGAAGAUGAUGAUUAGUAAAAUCAAUCAAAUUAUGAACUACGUUAUGUUCCCAUUAUUUUUUAUCUGGAUUGGUGCAUUGGCUAGUUUUCGUGACCUGAGACCUGAUGAGAAAUUCAUAUGGCUCAAGUUACUAUCUUUAUACGCAAUCGUUACGAUAGGGAAGGUUUUAGGAGCUCUUCUUGCUGCUAUGCUUUUGGGGUUUCCUUUCCAUGUAGCAGUUGCGAUUGGAUUCUUUCUAAAUGUCAAAGGACAUUUUCACAUGUACGUUGCUGCUUAUGCUCUCGGGGAAGAUCUCGUGACAACCGGAACCUACAUUAUGAUGAUAUUGUUGGCCAUGCUCACCAUUGCAAUAAUUCCAUUAGUUGUAAAAGUAAUGGUAGAAGGAGCUUCCAGGAAAAGAUCACCAUACCGACAAAUGACCCUGCAACACCUAGAUCCGUCGACUGAGCUGCGUAUCCUAUUAGGCAUCCAUGGACCUCAGAACAUUCCAUCUAUGAUCAACAUAAUGGAAUUUUCAAGGGGAAAUAAAGCAACAAGGAUUGGAGUUUAUGUUACAGAUAUGAUAGAAAUCAAUGACUGUAAUUCAACGAUAUUUGUUCCUGAGGUGGACGGUAGUUUAGAGAAUGCAACAAUGGCCGACGAAUCAGUGGUGUCCUUGAGAGAACAAAUAACAAAUGCGAUCUUAUCAUACGUAGAGGAAAGUGGUAAAGGGAUCAAUGUACAACGAUUACUUGCGAUAUCGACAUUUGCUAACAUGCACCAAGACUUGUGCAAUUUGGCUGAGGCAGUGCAGGCCUCGCUGCUUAUCUUGCCAUUUCACAGGAACCAAAGACCUGAUGGAAGGAUGGAUGGAGUUAAACAUGGAUUUAGAUAUGUAAACCGUAAGGUUCUUCGACAAGCCCCGUGUUCAGUAGGAGUACUUGUGGACAGAGGUCUUGGAAGGAUUCAGAAAAGAUCAGCGCCAACGGCAGCAUACAUAGAAGUUGCAGUCGUUUUCAUCGGAGGAAAAGAUGAUAGAGAAGCAUUAUACUAUGCAUCACGUAUAGCACAACAUCCUGGUAUUAAUCUAACAGCUGUUAGAUUUUUAGAAGAAACGGAUACAUCGAAAUCAUCAACAAGAAAACAUAGAAGAAAACUACGUUCUGUGAUAAAAAUGGAAGAAGAAGAAAGAAAACUUGACGAUGAAUGUUUUACAGAAUUUUAUGAAAAAUCAAUGUCGCGUGGAAGAAUAGGAUACCUUGAAAAGCAUGUUAUUGAUGCCAAAGGUACAGUCUCGACGUUGAAAUCAUUCGAAGGACAUUAUGCUUUGUUUAUUGUAGGAAGAGGAGGUAGAGUUAAUUCGAUAUUAACCGCUGGGAUGAGUGAUUGGGAAGAGUGUCCUGAUUUGGGUCCAAUUGGAGAAAUUCUUGCGGAUUCUGAUUUUUCUCUUACGGCUUCUGUUUUAGUUGUUCAGCAACAUUGUUUAGAUGGACUUGAAAACGAGUUUACAGUCAUGUCAAUCUGAAAGGGUUCAUCUUUUUUUCUUCCUCUUUUUGACUAGUUGAUGUAGUUUGAUGAUAGUGAACGAUAUUGAUUGCUUAGAUUAAGAUGCAGCUUGUAUAAUGGUGUAGAUAUGGACGCAACAACGUAUACUCAUAAAAUUGUCUCGAAACAUAAAAUUAACUUUCGCAUAA